GUUGGUAAUCCCUUUGAAGCAGCAGCCAGGCUAAUAAUUAUGUCAGAGUGGGUGGGCUUUAUUACACUUGGGGACCCAGAGAUGUCAGGGGUAGGUUACCAUUUGUCUUAGGCGAGAUAGAGAGAGAGAGAGCGAGAGAGAGAGAGAGAGAGAGAGUUUAUACCAAAUAGAAGUUGCUUAUAGUUGUGUUACAGUACAGGGACCAAAAGAGUAAUUAAUGGAGGUUGGCGAGAAAGCUGAGAAAACAGAAAGUCAGACUGGUAGCGCAGGGAAGAUUAGGACAAGUUUGUUUCAUCUCCUUCUGGAUAAGAGGAUGCUGUUGAAUCCCAAGGAAGAAAUGUUCCUGCUUCAUCGGCUAAUAUUUAUUGCCAGAAUAUCACCCGAGCUGGCUGACAAAAGGGACCUCGGAGGAUAUUAUGAGCAGCUCUACCUAGACCUGCAGCGUUACUAUCAGGGCGAUGGUGUGACUGGCCUGCUUCUGCUCUACCCAUCCUACAUUCUACACAUUGCGGAGUCCUCCAAUGAUGUUCUUUUUUCUGUACUGCGGGAUCUGGGACACAUGCAGCGGCAAGGACACAGUGCCUUUAUUCUGGAGCCCCGGAUCCUGGUGAUCUCUCAUGACAUUCCCAACAGGCUGUUUCAGCAGUGGAGCUACAAGGUCCUCAGCGUCCCAGCCAGGAGGCUGGCAGUGGCAGAGCAAACUGAGCCACCUGAGAAGCUAGUGAGCGAAUCCCUGACCAUGCUCAUGAAACUGGGGGUGGAAAUGCUCAAGACUCCCAAGCGUUCUAAAAACUCAGCUGAUUCUGUCCUGGACAAGGCACCUGAGCUGAUCGUUCCUCAGGACAACAUUGAGCACCUACUGAAGAACGAGACUCUGUUGACUCCUCUGCAGUAUCUAGAUGCUUAUGACUGUCCGAUCAAUGUGGUCGUGGAUUCUGACCAUGUUUGGCCACCAUAUGGGCACUUUCUUCCCAUCCUGUGAAUGUGCGAUACAACAGUACGUCUGCAUUAGUCCAAUUAUUUAUUGCUGUACAGGAAUCACUGUUUUUGGAGGGAUCUGGAAAUGUACAGCAUAUUAUUUUAAUGUAUACACAUCAGUGCUUUAUUUUUUAAAACUUCUGGUAAAUGUAAUUGCAUGAUAUUAGCAUGUAAAUAUGACUAGUAAACAUUAUAGUUGAGCCUGGUCAGUGACACGGACAGGAUAAAAAAAACAAAAAAACAAAAAAACAAAGUAAUGCAGCAAAUAUAUUCUUAUUGCAAAAUCAUUAGCCCUUGGGCAAGUGUGCACAAACACACUUGCCCAAUGCUGACACCCAGUGGGGGGAAAAGGGCAGGACAGGUGCAGCUGUAAGGUUCGCCACAGCAGCCAAUCCGUCCUUGUGUGCAGGAAUCUUAAUGUUCCAAACAGUGAGGGGUUAACUGGAAUGGUAGGUGAGAAAGUAUUUAGGGUUAUUUUCCCUUUAAGGACAGAGUACACAACUUCUAGAAAUGCACCCCUUGUGAUUACAUACAUACAUUGAAAUAACAACACCAGGUGACAUCGUUAAAAAGGUAGGUUUUUAUUGGUUCAUCACUCUGAGGAGGACUGUUGCAGUAUUCACUGUACAGGCUGUGUUUGGCUUGUGGUAAGCUGACAAGGCUGGGCUAGUAUAAGCAGGGAAACAUUGUCACGGAUCAAUGGUUUCUCCUCUGCAGCUAAUUCCGGUUCCUUCAACGGCCAGCGAGCGCCACCCACAAAUAACAAGGUCCCAUAGGUAUGAAGAACUUUAUAAAUGUUUCCAUCAUGGUUCUGUACGGCACACACCACAGUAAUACAGUUUCUGGUAAACCACCUGGAUAUUUGUGUCCUGUUUAAACCAUGUAUUUGUCAAGGCUAAAACAUGGAACAAUUGAAAUUACUAUAGUUAACCAUUGCCAGACCUUGCUGUGGAUGGUACCACAGCCACACCAUGUUAAACCCACACACAUUUCCAUCACACCAUUGUAUUACCAGAACCAGUUAUAAUGGUAGACCAUGAGGCUAAGACUUGGAAAUCAAACAUGAUGGGUAAUGUAGCUCUAGUAUUAAAGCUCAGGCCAUGUGCACAGUAAUGGACUAUUAUUGGUGCAUAUUAUACAGCCUUCCCAGCAAGCAGAAUUCUCUUAGCAUAAUCCAUAGUUGUUAGAUCAAGUGAUUUUUUUUUUAAUCUGGUUGUCAAAUCAGGUUUCUUAAUCUUUUUGCAUGGUGUCUGAGACUUGUCUGCCUUGUAAGUAGCAGGAUGAUGUUCAAGACCCAGUCGCUAUGGACUGGUCACCAGCACAAAACAUCUGGAAGUUUUCAUCAGGGCCAUUGCUUCUGCCAGUACCAUCUCAUGGAUCUAUACAAUGUCCCUUGCAAAAGACAACAUCCCUUUAUGCAACAGGAAAGUUAAACUGUAGUUACAAACACAUUAGUUCAUUAACCUCGAGCUUACAAGUUUACAAAUCUUUACAUCGUGAAGCCUGCCUUUAACAGCACUUUUCACCGGAAUAUAACCUGGGAGUAUUGUGGCUAAAAUAGCAACCUCUUUAAGGUGUUAUUGUGCGCAUCACAUCUGGAAAUAUGCAGAUGUAUACAGAGAAGUGUAGGGUAAAUCAGGCUGUUGUAAUUGCAAAUUCACGAGAAAGGAACACGUUGAUUGUUACAAUUUUUUUUUUUUGCAAAAUAUGCAGCCUUGAGCCACUUGAAAGUAACACAACCACAUGUAUUUGAAUAUGAUAUAUUAAAAAAUAAUAAAACAACAUACCUAUGAGGAAUAGUUAUUUGUUAUAGGCAAAGAAACAAAGGACAUCUGUUUUUUCUUUUACAGGAUACAGAAAUAAGGGGUGCUGUCUCAAACAAUGCCUUGGUAUUUGUCAAUCAAUCUACACAGGCUAAUUAAAACAGUAUUUCCCCUGUCUUGUAGCUUACAAAAUGCACGUCUGAAGUGUUUGCAUUUCUAAUAAUAACUCCUACAAAAUA